GUCUUUAUUCAAGAAAACUGCACUACCCCUACGAUCGCGACUUGGAUGGAGUAGGGCUUCUGACGCUCGGCCGAGACGUCCAGGACGGGUUCGAAUGGGACUGCUCGGCUAGCUAACGUCAAUUAGCAUUAGCGUGCUAGCUGACUAGCCUGGGAGCUAGCCGGUUAGCUUGGCUAAGUGCAAUUAGUAGGCCAACAUUACUCAUCUUCAAAACCAAACAUUGAGAACACCUGACUACUGACACGACCAUGCCUCCCAGGCCAUCGUCAGGAGAACUAUGGGGUAUGCACUUGAUGCCUCCAAGCAUCCUGGUGGACUGCCUUCUGCCAAAUGGCAUGAUUCUUACAUUGGAGUGCCUCAGGGAGGCAACAUUGAUCACAGUCAAACACGAGUUAUUCAAAGAGGCCAGGAAGUAUCCUCUUCACCAUCUGCUACAGGAGGAGACCUCCUACAUCUUUGUCAGUGUCACCCAAGAGGCUGAGAGAGAGGAGUUUUAUGAUGAGACCAGGCGGCUGUGUGACCUCAGGCUCUUCCAGGCCUUUCUCAAAGUCAUUGAACCAGUUGGCAACAGGGAGGAGAAAAUCCUCAACAGGGAAAUUGGUUUUGCUAUUGGUAUGCCUAUAUGUGAGUUUGAUCUAGUUAAAGACCCAGAAGUGCAGGACUUUAGAAGGAACAUCUUGAAUGUUUGUAAAGAAGCUGUAGAUCUCAGAGACACUAAUGGACCCCACAGUAGAGCCUUGUAUGUCUACCCUCCCAAUGUAGAAUCCUCAGCUGAACUUCCUAAGCACAUCUUCAAUAAGCUAGACAAGGGGCAAAUAAUUGUGGUGAUAUGGGUAAUUGUGUCGCCCAGCAAUGACAAGCAGAAGUACACUCUGAAGAUCAACCACGACUGUGUCCCAGAGCAGGUGAUUGCUGAAGCCAUAAGGAAGAAGACACGGAGCAUGCUCCUCUCCCAUGAGCAGUUAAAGAUGUGUGUGCAGGAAUACCAAGGAAAAUACAUCCUCAAAGUCUGUGGCUGCGAUGAGUACUUACUGGAGAAAUACCCCCUGAGUCAGUACAAGUAUGUGCGUAGCUGUAUCAUGCUCGGCCGUAUGCCUAACUUGAUGCUAAUGGCGAAAGACAGCCUGUAUUCCCAGCUGCCCAUGGACACCUUUACUAUGCCAUCAUAUGCUCGACGAAUCUCCACGGCAACACCCUACAUGAAUGGGGAAACAGCCACCAAGUCACUAUGGACUAUCAAUGGAACACUAAGGAUCAGGAUACUGUGUGCCACCUAUGUCAAUGUCAACAUCAGAGACAUUGACAAGAUCUAUGUCAGGACGGGGAUAUACCACGGUGGGGAGCAGCUUUGUGACAAUGUUAACACUCAACGUGUGCCGUGCUCAAACCCCAGGUGGAACGAGUGGCUGAGCUACGACAUGUACAUUCCAGAUAUCCCCCGAGCAGCCCGACUCUGCCUCUCCAUAUGCUCUGUGAAAGGGAGGAAGGGGGCUAAAGAGGAGCAUUGUCCCCUAGCCUGGGGCAAUAUCAACCUGUUUGACUACACUCAUACGUUAGUGGCAGGGAAGAUGGCUCUGAAUUUAUGGCCGGUCCCACAUGGGCUUGAAGACCUACUCAAUCCCAUUGGUGUCACAGGGUCCAACCCCAACAAGGAAACCCCUUGUCUGGAACUAGAGUUUGACCAUUUCAGUUGCCCAGUCAAGUUCCCUGAUAUGACCACCAUUGAGGAACAUGCAAACUGGAACAUAUCCAGAGAGCUUGGAUUUAAUUACUGCCACACCAGUUUGAGUAACCGCUUGGCACGUGACAACCCCCUGACGGACAGCGACAAUGAGCAGCUACGUCUGGUGUGCAACAGAGACCCACUGUCUGAAAUAACUGAGCAGGAAAAAGACUUCCUAUGGAGGCACAGACAUCACUGUGUGAAUAUGCCAGAGAUCCUUCCCAAGCUCCUCUUGGCUGUGAAAUGGAACUCCAGAGAUGAGGUUGCACAGAUGUAUUGCCUUCUGAAGGACUGGCCAGCCAUUAAGCCAGAACAAGCCAUGGAGUUGCUAGAUUGCAACUUUCCUGAUCCCAUGAUCAGAGAAUUUGCUGUGAAGUGCCUUGAGAAAUACCUAACUGAUGACAGACUCUCACAAUACCUCAUUCAGUUGGUUCAGGUUCUAAAGUAUGAGCAGUACCUUGAUAACCCACUUGCACGGUUCCUCCUGAAAAAGGCACUAACCAAUCAGCGGAUAGGACAUUUCUUCUUCUGGCAUUUAAAGUCAGAGAUGCACAACAAGACAGUGAGCCAGCGGUUUGGCCUACUGCUGGAGUCUUACUGCCGGGCCUGUGGCAUGUACCUGAAGCACCUUAGCAGACAGGUUGAAGCUAUGGAGAAACUUAUCAAUCUCACGGAUCUCCUCAAACAGGAGAAGAAAGAUGAGGCGCAGAAGGUUCAAAUGAAGUUUCUGGUGGAGCAGAUGAAAAGGCCUGACUACAUGGAUGCACUGCAAAGUUUCACUUCCCCUCUGAAUCCAGCACAUCAGCUCGGCAACCUCCGCCUGGAGGAGUGUAGAAUGAUGUCGUCAGCCAAGCGUCCUCUUUGGCUCAACUGGGAAAACCCAGACAUGAUGUCGGAGCUCCUCUUCACGAGCAAUGAAAUCAUUUUCAAAAAUGGAGAUGAUCUAAGGCAAGACAUGCUGACGCUGCAGAUCAUCAGGAUAAUGGAGAAUAUCUGGCAGAACCAGGGGCUUGAUCUCAGGAUGCUGCCGUAUGGCUGCAUGUCAAUUGGAGACUGCGUGGGAUUGAUAGAGGUGGUGAGGAACUCUCAUACCAUCAUGCAGAUCCAGUGCAAAGGAGGACUGAAGGGGGCGCUGCAGUUCAACAGCCACACACUGCAUCAGUGGCUCAAGGAUAAAAAUAGGGGGGAGAUGUAUGACCAAGCCACAGAUCUCUUUACACGGUCAUGUGCAGGCUACUGUGUAGCCACUUUUAUCCUGGGCAUAGGAGACCGACACAACAGCAACAUCAUGGUCAAAGAUGAUGGACAGCUGUUCCACAUUGACUUUGGCCAUUUCCUGGAUCAUAAAAAGAAGAAGUUUGGAUACAAGAGGGAGCGUGUGCCCUUCGUGUUGACACAGGACUUCUUGAUUGUUAUCAGUAAAGGAACCCAAGAAUGCACAAAAACAAGGGAGUUUGAAAGGUUCCAGGAGAUGUGUUACAAAGCCUACCUGGCUAUCCGUCAGCAUGCUAACCUCUUCAUCAACCUCUUCUCCAUGAUGCUGGGCUCGGGGAUGCCUGAGCUGCAGUCAUUCGAUGACAUCGCCUACAUCCGAAAGACCCUGGCCCUGGACAAGACCGAGCAGGAGGCUCUGGACUACUUCAUGAAGCAGAUGAAUGAUGCCCACCACGGUGGCUGGACGACCAAGAUGGACUGGAUCUUCCACACCAUCCGUCAGCAUGCCAUGAACUGAGACAACAGCCAGAACAAAGAAGGAGAGAUAAACAAAGCGUUGUGGCAGUAAAGCAUGCUGUGAGCCAGCAUGCUUUAUAUAUAUCAUGGCCUACACGUAGGCCAUGAUAUCCCUGCCAGUGUUUCUGAAUAUCAUCUGCCAUUUGUCCGGACUUAAGAUGGCAGGAUGGA